UCCUCCACGACGGUCAGUGUGGCCGCACAAUUUCACAAUGCAUUAAUUGUUCUGUGGUCCCUUUGAUAUCUUCCUCAUGGCCGGGUGAAUCGGGUGGAAGGAAAGAGGAAACUUAAAGCUACAACAGUGAGGAUAUGUUCCUUUGCUUCUAAUUCAUAAAAAAAAGAGACGUGCUUCCAACACCAUGAUCUCAAGUCAACGCACACGCACACGGCGCAGUUCCUCUUUGUGUUCGGGAUUUUUUUUAACCAUUCAUCUUUUUGUCACAUAAAUACAGCGACGGCAUGCUGAGUUGAUACAGACAGACUGAACACCUACUGAGAAUAGCAACCUCACCUCUCUGGCAUCCUGAUCACGUCUGGUCAAAAUAAUUUGGGAUCAAGUGCAGUUGUCAAAAUGCGUGCAUUGUUCCUUGUGGUCCUGUAUGCUGGACUGUGCUUCGCCAGCUCCGUCAGCGACCAGGAGAACAUCGAGCUCCUGAUGGAUAAUGUUCUGGUGGUGGGGAUACCUUACGACAAGAGCAGCAGGGUUCACGUCCCUCUGAGCUGUGGAGAAUCAUAUGAAAACCGGCCUGUGGUUUGGAAGAAAGAUGGCGAGGAGAUCGAGCCAGCUCUGCAGGGGAACCGGGUCACCGUCCUAGUGGUGGGCAUGGAUGGAGGAAACUACACUUGUCACCUCAGUCCAAACGGAGAUUACCUCAACCAUACUGUGAUCAUGACCCAAAUAAAGCCAGACAACAGGACUGUCAUACUUGCAACACAAUCUCCUAAACUGGAAAAGGAAGGUGGUCACAUUCACUGCUCAGCCGCCAACUACAACGGCUCCUUCCACUGCCACUGGAGCAGAAUGCCGCCCAGAUCCAAGGCCCCGGUGUUCCUGGUGAAGGUCGAACGUUAUUUGGAAAAGAUUUCCUGUGAGCUGGAUGCCGGCGGCUCGGGGAUUACCUGCAAGGACGCCGGCUGCACGUACAAAGAGGAACAGCACCGCAUCGUCCUCAGCCUCUACCUGCGCAGCGCCUCUCUCCUCGAGGCGUACACAAAGACCUUCUACCUGAGAGAGAUCGUGAGGCCGGACGCGCUCCCUAAUCUGCACACCAGCGACGGGAAGCUGUUCAGCUGGAGCUUCCCCGAGUCCUGGGAGAAGCCCUGCUCCUUCUUUAGCCUGGAGUUCGACGUCAAGGUGGUGGUCCCCAAAGGACUGCUCUGUGACUGUGACAAAGACGAAGCCAAACUGUCCGACACCACUCAGGAGACGAAGUUCGAGGUCAAGGUGAAAGAAAAAAAGUUUGUUUUCUGUGUGAGAGCUCGGGACAGAUUGACCAACGGGCCAUUUAGCGAGUGGAGCAUGAUCAAAGUGAAUAGACGCACCGACUUCUUGCACCGACGGCGGUCAUAAAGGAUGGAAGAGCACGAGUAUGCAAGAAAUCAUUUUUAAACUCUUUUCUAACACUUUAUUUUUGUAAUGCACACAAACGGGGGGUUCCUAACUGAAGUCUACCUGUACAGUAUUUAUUGAUUCUUUAUUUAAGUUGUCUCUAUGGAAGUUAAGUUUCUUAUUUGUUUUUCCUUUGGAGUGUUAUUUACAACAAUCCUUGCAUAAUUGCUGCUCAAACAAUUAUUAAAAUGUCAUAAUAAAUUAAUGAACAUAUUAAGAUA